AUGACUGAUUAUAUUACCUCCUCAAAUUAUGAUUCAUCGGAUAUGGAAAUAAAUAAGACGACCCAGGCAAACCCAAAGGACAUGAGAAGCCGACCUGGCAAUAGCCAGGUGACGGUUAGGAGAGAGGGACUCAGGAGCGCAAGGCUCCUAGAGAAGAGGAAGGCGGAAGAGUCCGACAACAGCGAUAGGUCCCGAUCGCCCGUCAAGGUCGAUGACUCAACGCCGUUCGCCACCUCUAAGGAAGAAGACUCCGAUGACGGUGGAAAAGUCACCAGAAAAAAGGAAGGGAAAUGGGAAAUCCCCAGAGAUGACGAAGGAAAUACAGACGAAGAACGUCUGGUAGAGAAGGCAACCAGAGGUAAGGGCAGGCCCGAGACAACUGGGGGAUACCGAUUGAAGAAGGAAUUCAUGGCAAGGAAACUUGCCAUAAUGGAGCAGAAGAGAGAGGAAGCUCUCUUGAAAGGGUUGGAAAAUCCCACGGAGGAGUUCCUAGACUGUACCGCCAAUAGGAAAUAUAAGGCGGAAAUUAGAAGGCUGACGGAACACCUGGAGGAGGCUCCCUUCCGCGAUAUAACUGCGACGAUUCUUGAAGCGUCCGCUAAGGUCCUCGGUUUUUCGCAGAAAUCGAAGAGCCUUAAAGGAACCCAUGUUAAGGUCCUCAGAGACGCAGCCGCAGCCAUAACGGCAGGAGCAAAUGUCCUGGCUAUGCAAAUGGCGCAGGACAAAUGCGGAGGCAAUCUCGAUCUGAUAGAAGAACUACGGACGGAGAAUGUAGACCUGAAAACGUCGCUAGAGGAGGUAAGAAAGGAAUUAGAGGAGGUGAAACAGAUGCUCCGAGGUAUAAGGGAGACACCACUGCAUGAAGCAGUGGUAUCCUCCCCGCCCUCGAAACAACCGGGAAGUGCGGGUCGGGGUAUAAAGGAGGCACCGCAACAAAUGGCGGGUGCUUCCUCGCCCCUGAUCCGCACAGAAGGAAAAGGAAGGGCGAUCACGCCACCUAUAGUUGAUAUGGAGGAGGAGGAGGAAGUCCUGACUGGAGUCAUAGAAAUCCAGAAGGGACUGAUUCCAACGGUAAGGAGACACCCGGUGAGGGAAGCCAGGGUCGCGAAUAGACUAGCAGGUCCCAAGAUCAGGGAAAUUGUCCCCCUGAAAACCAAAGUUAGGGUGGAAAAGAGGGUGGAAUUAGUAAAAGGAGAAGAGAAGGUUCUGGGGGAGAAGGUGUCAAAGAUAGUGUUCCAAGCCUUGAACGAGUGGAAGGCACAGGAGGCUCCCAAACAGGGGGCCUGGGGGAACAAAGGUAAAGGAGAGGUGAAAGAAACCAGGGAUCAGGGAAGGGCACAAAACAAGGGAAACAACUAUAAUAAAGAGUACCCUCAGCUUCCACCUACGAGAAAGGGACAACAAACACAAUAUAGCAGGGAGGAGGCACCUAAACCACAGGAAAUGUGGACGAAAGUGGUGGGCAGGAGAGAAAAGAAGAGGGAGAAAGAAGAGCAGAGGAGGAAAGAAAUCGUUAAAAAGGUGGUAAUUCCCGAAAAGAAAGAGGGGAAGAAGAACAAGAGGAGAGUCCCCAACACGGCGGCGGUGACAAUAACAGCAGAAAAGGGACAAUACAAGGACCUGUUGGCAGAAGCGAAAAGGAAGAUAGAUCUAGAUGGGAUUGGUAUCAAUAAGAUAAAGACUAGAGUAGGGGCCACCGGAGCACUCGUGAUCGAGAUACCAGGCGAAGAAAGGAGCAAGCAGGCGGAUAUACUGGCGGACAAACUGAAGGAGGUCCUGACAGAUAGGGCACGAGUAAGCAGGCCGCAAAAAAUGGGGGAACUCAGAUUGAAAGGGCUGGAGAUAUCCACUACGGAGAGCGAGGCGGCGGAGGCAGUGGCUAAGGCAGGGGGAUGUAAAGUAGGAGAGGUGAAGACCGGGAGUUUGAGAACAGCCUAUAAUAAUUACCGGACACUGUGGAUACAGUGCCCCCUCGCGGCGGCCAAGAGGGUUGCAGAGAUAGGCAGUGUUAGGAUUGGAUGGACGCAGACAAAGGCAGAGCUACUGCAGGCAAGGGCCCUGCAAUGUUACAGGUGCCUAGAAAAAGGGCACGUGCAAACAAACUGUAAAAGCAACACUGAUAGGCGGGCAAACUGCUAUAGAUGCGGAGAACCUGGUCACUUGGCUCGGGAGUGGAACCUGCACCGCGCCCGUCAAGCGCUCCCCCUGUUCGAGCAUACUAUGACAGAGCGCGGUGCAGGCUUAGGAAUAGCGGCAGAGCCCCACCAUGUCCCCAGGAACCGUAGAUGGUUCGGGGACGAGUUGGGCUCUGUCGCUAUUGUGUGGAAGGCGAGCAGCCGCUCACCCCCUGCCAAAUACGUGGAUCGUGGCAGGGGAUUCGUUGUGGCCAGGUGGGGAGCCAUCACCGUGGUCGGGGUAUACCUCCCCCCAGCAAAGGGCCUGGGCUUGGUGGAUUACAAGUCCAGGCUCCAAGAAAUGGGAGAUGUCAUCAAGAGACAUCUCCCAGGUCCUGUCAUCGUCGCCGGCGAUUUUAACGCCAAAUCGGAGCUAUGGGGCUCCCGGCGCGAUGACAGGAGGGGGGAGGUAACAGCGGAUUGGGCCGUGGGCCUAGGUCUGCACAUAAUGAACGAUGGUGUAAAAUCCACAUUCGUGGGGUCGAGGGGGGAGUCUAUUAUCGACUUGUCUUGGGCAACCCCCUCGGCCCUGCGAAGGGUGCGGACCUGGAGGGUGGCGGAGGAGCUUGAAUCGUUAUCCGACCAUCUCUUAAUAGAGAUGGAGCUCUCCGUCACCCCCGAUGGCCUACGGCCCCGUAAUAAGGACGGACCCCGGCCCGGUAGAUGGGCCCUAGCCCAGUUAAACAGGGAGGACCUAGAAAUCUCCCUGAUGGGCUCCACCUGGCCACAAUGUAAGGACGGGCAGGACCUUGACUCUGAGGUCAUGGAGGUUAUGCAGGUGCUCGCACUCGCGUGCGAUGCCUCCAUGCCCGGAGUCAGGGCCUGCCCAAAACGAUGCGCCUGGUGGUGGACCGACGAAAUUGCCGCGUUGCGGCGGAGGUCGGUCCACCUCAGGCGCGCGUUCCGAGCGGUACGCCGGGACGCGGACCCUGAGGUCACUCUGGCCGCCCGGCAGGAGUUCUGCACUGCAGCCAAGGAACUCCGGAACGCCAUAGGGGUGGCCAGAGGAAAGGGGUGGGACGACCUCCUCCUCUCGCUGGACGCGGAUCCGUGGGGGCGCCCAUACAGGAUGGUGAUGCAAAAGCUGAGACCAUGGGCGCCCCCUCUGACGGAGACGCUUGACUCCCGGUUCCUGGGACGGGUGAUGGGGACCCUAUUCCCGGUUGGGGGGGAAGACCCCAUCACCCAGUACGUAACCCCCUCCCCCGAACAACAGGGGGAGGUUCCGGGAGUCACCGAGGAGGAGGUGGCCGAGGCUACCAAAAGGGUCAAGAGCGGGAAAGCUUCGGGACCCGAUGGUAUCCCCGGCCGUGUACUCACCCUGGCCUCAGGGUACAUGAGCGGCAGGCUCGCCCGCCUAUUUACCAGGGCAGUGAAGGAACGAAGAUUCCCCCCAGUCUGGGGGAGGGCCAACGUGGUCCUCCUCCGAAAAGAGGGCAAGCCGGAGGAAUCCCCCUCCGCGUACCGGCCCAUAUGCCUCCUGGAUGAGGCGGGCAAGCUCUUUGAGCGCAUAAUAGCAGCCCGCCUCAAGAGGCAUAUGUCCCGGGAGGGUCCUGACUUAGGUGACGGCCAAUAUGGCUUCCGAGAGGGCAGAUCAACUGUGGACGCAGUGUUGCAUCUCAAGUCCCUCUCGGGGGCCAUAGUGUCGGAGGGCAGGGUGGCGGUCGCGGUAUCAUUGGAUAUCGCGAACGCGUUCAACACCUUGCCCUGGGGUAGGGUGGUGCAAGCGAUGAGGGGUUAUUUCCGCUUCCCACCCUACCUCACGGCCGUCAUAGAGGACUACUUCCGGGGUCGGCGUCUCACGUGGAAGGACGCCGAUGGCACGCAUCUGAACGCCGAUUUCGACGGCGACGCCGUUACGAUCAUGAUCCUGAGAGGCAUCGAGUCGGCGUACGAAUUGCGACGUCUGCGCGAUCCGUUUCUCUUUGGUGACAUUCCCACCGAAGAAUGGUGGUGCGAAUCCGUGUGGCGACAAUGUCCCGUGCUGGAUCUGGUCUUCGUGCGCGCGGUUCGCAUUCGCGGCAGCGACGACGGCGAGGCCUUUAUUCAACGAGUGAGACAUGUUUUGUUCCGACGCUCGAUCGAAGCGCCCGAUCGAGCGAUAGUUAUCUCGGACAAAAACGCUCUUUGUCUGGAAAACUGGCUCGUCGUUCACUCGGGUGCAAAGGGCACUCCGCGCGAUCUCGUGACAUUGCACGAGCGCACCGCGGCCAACGUGGCACAGGCGGCCGCGCCGCAGUCGGACAUCUUUCGCGAAUGCUCGCCCGACCAGGAAACCGCGUAUCAGCGAUACCUCGACGAUUUUGUGAUCGUGAGCAAACACGUGCCCAAGAGCUCGUACUUCGCGAGCGGCCUAAAAUGGGCGGCGCAGAUGUGCACCGUAGCGCACGGUGAUCUGUACAUGCGAGAUUCGUUGUUACUGCGCGAUGUGGCGUAUUAUCUGAAAGGCACCGUCGACGCGCCCGCCUCGUCGACGGCGUUCGACGACGAGUCGCGAGAUUGGAAACGAGGUGAAUGA